AUGAAGCAUGGAACUGCUUCCGUGCGUCCGCAUGUGGUGGACGGCGGUGGCGCGCGAGAGACUAACGUGGACCCGAACGCCCACAUUCCCGGCCCAAACGCCGACGGCGCCGGUCCGUCUGCUGCUGGUCCAGGCACCACAGGCGGAGGCACACCUGUUUCUCUCGCCGACGGAUCCGAUGCAUUUUCCCCAGGAAGGACUCCGCGGCGUCGAGUAGAUGAAACCGCAACCAUGGGUGGUGCGCGGCUAAUCUCUGAUUCGCUCGUCGCAUGCACGAAAGAAGGCCUGCUACAAUUGAACCAGAUGGCCCAAUAUGUAGUCGCUGCAAUGACGUUGGCUGCACACGUGGUGCCUCCGCCCUCGACUGCUACCCGUCCUGGAACUGAACCCGCAAAUCCGCAGCCGGCUGAGAAUGAAGCGCGAGGCGAAGCGAGAGGCACGGCGCGCUCUCUAUUCACCGCACCAGACCAGCCGGAUGUCACCACGCGUGCGCCACCUACGCAGCCACAGUAG